GUCAAAAUUGUGCCUACUCCUCAUCGCACUCAGAGAAUUCUUUGGGAUCAAUUCCAUAAUAUUAACUAUCCUCGUGCCUACGUUCCUCAUGAUUCACUGUCGUCAAAAGAUGCAUUUGAUCGGAAUGGUGACCACCCUUAUACUAAUUUUCAUAACGUCUAUUAUCUGCUACGUAAAAAUGGCUAUUACUUAGAAAUACUUAACAUGCCCUUCACUUGCUUCGAAGCAAGUUUAUAUAGUACUAUUUUGAUAGUUGAUCCAGAAGAGGAGUUUUUUGCUGAUGAAAUUGAAAAACUUAAGAUAGACUUAAAACAAAAUGGUUUAUCUCUUGCCUUGUUUGCAGACUGGUAUGACGAGAAUGUUAUGAGGGAAAAAUCUUAUUUCGAUGAUAACAUGAAGCAUUGGAUAAAUCCUAUCACAGCAGGAUCUAAUAUACCAGCAAUCAAUCAGCUGUUACUAGACUUUGACAUACAACUAGGAAACAACGUUUAUAUAGGCCAUAUUAAAAUAGCAUCUCAAAUGACUUACUAUGCUUCAGGAACAUCAAUAGCACGCUUUCCAAAGAACGGUGUUCUAUACUUUUUUAGCCUCAUAGAUGAAUCAAAAAGGUAUUUGCAUAAGAAGCGCGUCAAGGCUACUGUCCCGGUACUUGGCCUUUAUUCAAUUCCUUCAUCGAAAGAUGUCAAUGGAGGCUUCGGGCGAAUUGCAAUUUUUGGCGAUUCAUCAUGUUUAGUAUCAUCUUUCCAAGAUUGUUUAUUGCUUUUCAGUAGUAUUUUAGACUUCACUUCUAAAGGGAUAUCUCCUGCUCUCUCAAUACCAGGAACAAUUCUUGUCGAGGAUUUUAUACAUGACAUCGUAUCUUUACCUCAACGAAUACCUGGGAACCGCCAUUUUCUAUAUAGCAAAUUGUCUGGAUCAAAGCCAAAUUGUAGUGUCACAGUGAUGAAAAAUGACCUUCUAGAAAAAUCUAAUUUAGAAGCUGUUUUAUAG